AUGGCAGUGUCAGAAAGUAUGAAAGCAAGUGAAACACCGGUUGUGUAUUCUGUAACGGUCGGUGACUCCCCGCAUUAUACGCUUGCGACGUCGCAAUCACAAGGAUUUGCGUGGAAUCAAGAUAUAUUCGCUUCCCAGUAUCAGCAGAUGUGUAAAGUGGUUUACGACGGACACGAAGACUGCAUUGACGACCUUUUGACGUUUGACAGGUCUGGAUCUGGAUCUGGAUUGGCAUACGAGGUGCAGCAUUUGAGCGGUGGGUCCGAUGUGUUUGAGGAAGACGAUGAGCAGGACCAAACAACGCAUGACGAACUCCGGGUGCGUCGUAUGUCGCAUGUGUUGAUGCGUCCCAGAAGAAGAUCGGAACGAAGCGUGAGUUUCGUCUCAGAUUCCAAAAAUGGGCGUUUCCACAAGACAGAAGUGAUAGCGGUGGACGUCGAAGAGGACACAGAAGAAAAUAGGGAGUGGAAACGAAUUCUUCGCGAUAGAUGA